AUGUCGGUCAGGGAGCUAAUGGGCUUGGCUGCCGGUGAGUGGAAUUACGCCGGGCUCAAACAGGAUGCAGAUCAGAUGCAGGCGUCGUCAAACCCGCCGAGGCGCCGCUCGUCCCAGAAGGGACAGCACCAGCAGGACCAUCGCCUAGCCUUAUCCCCGUUGCCUUCGGCCCCGCUUCAGAGCCCAACAGCCCCUACGCCACCCUCCUCCGUGCCUUCGUCCUGGACAAGCGUUUCCGCCAGCCGUGACCCAAGCGGUAGUGAGCUGUCUUCAGCCGAGGAUGUCAGUGAUUGGAGUGAGGCAGAAAAGAGGUCCCCCAAGAAAAGGAAGGUCGAUGCACCCAUCGCUCGGCCACAAAGAACUCGCAAGCCUUCGCUGAAGGUUUUGGAAAAUACUACCACUGAAGCUAACAAGAGGACAAGAAGGAGGUCAUCGACAAUUGUGCUAAAGCUUGAUGGCAAGAAGCUCCAGGAGCUUGUUACAAGGCCGAGCUCUGGUGAGCCUACAUCCCCAUCGCUGCCGACUGCCUCUGCUCCGGAACCAAUCAGGACACAAGAGGCGCAGGGCCCCUUGACCUCACUACCUUCGAGCCCAAAGUCCGAAGCCCAGCUUCGGGAUGCUCCCAGCCCCACUCUCGUCGUCACCAAAUGCGAAACCUUCACUCCUACAGAUGGCGCCAUGGAUGUCGACCCUACCUCCCAAGUGUCUGAGAAGACCCCCACCAAAUUGAGUCGUAAACGCCGCUGGCCCAAAGAGACAGACAGUCUCAUCGGGCCAGCCACGGAGUCUCAGACUGAAGAAAACGGUCGUCAAGCUGCUCCCGAUCCGAUUCCCCAAGACUUGGAGCCAUUGGCCCAUGUUUCGAGGCAACUCAUGCACCUCAGUGGAUGCCCAAUCGACGCCAAGCCACCCCCCGUUGGUCAGCCAGAGGUCUGGGCUGAUGGCCGCCAGGCCCUCUGCGAGUCUCUGCCCUAUUUCCGGGGAUACCAGAGCGCCGGCUACUGUGCGGACGGCUUGGCAUACUCCUUCAUGUUUGAUAAGGAAGGAUCCUGCCGUGACUAUAUGGAUUCAGAGGUGGUCAUCGCACGCUCAGGUGGAGGCUUGACCAAGGAUCAUGUCACCGGAAAGAUGGCACGCCAUGUUGACCAGUCUGAAACCAAGCAGGUCGAGAGUGUGAGGAAUAGCAUUCACCAAUACAACCCGGUGGCCAUCCUCGCCGGCGAAGGAAACUCGCAAUGCCCCUCGAGAGUCCCCCGUGUCUACACCGUUCUGGACUGGUUCAAGCCAACACACAUUUGGGCCGAGAAAUUCAACGGCAUGGUCAACAUCCGCUACCGGUUUGAGAAGUUGCGCUUGGAUAAACAGAGCUGGUGGGCUUCUUCGACCGGUCCGGAACCAACGAGAGUUGGAGAACAGGCACCGCCUCACGUUCAUACUUGUCUACAAUGUGAGAAAAAGAGCGAACAGGUCUACCUACAGGGGUGGAUGUGUCUGCAUCCAGAUUGCCCUCGGUUCUGGAAGCUUGAGUCCGGGCAUGAGCCACAGGAAGCCGGUUUAUUAUACGAUCCUCGGUUCCUGAAGCAGAAGACUGACUGGCCACACGCCAGCGCUCCGCAGCCGUUGCGACCGGACCACCUCACACUGGGCCCAACACCGAUGCUGGGAGACGAUGUGUCAUGGGCUGCAGCUAAAGGCUUGGUGUGUCCUCAGUGCGGCCGCUGCAAUUCAAGAGAAGCCUGGGAGGGCUGGUACUGCGGCAACCCGGAUUGCGACUUCUCAUACAGGCUGCCUCACGCAAACAUUCCAGCCAAUGCCCUGCACGACCCGUACAGACCCAUCUCAUACGGCUACACGAUUUCAAAGGAUAAAAACCCAGGAAACCUCGCCCUACGUAUGGAGCUUGUCCACAACUACCGAAUCAACUACUUCACGAUCCCGGGCGUGGAUGGGUUCAUCGCACACUUCAUUGCGAACAAGGCGAUCAACGAGGAAGCGGGCGGACCCGACGACAUGUGGACGGAGCUCCAGGCCAGCGAUCUGGGCCUCCGCCGGCGCCCGCUCGCCACCACCAGCCUCAAAGGCCAAACGCUGACGCAGCACUUCCUCAUGAACUACGGCAUGCCCUACAAAUUCGCCGUGGCGACGGCCAGCCAACCCUUCAGCUCCGCCCCGCGGCCCAUCACGGCGACGCGGUCCCGGCUCAACUGGGCGGCGCGCCACUGCGUGGGCGCCGACGUGCACAGCAGAGAGGCAGAGUUCAACGAGCUCCUCGCCCUCGGGUACUUUGAGAAGCAGAAGAUCAGCUACCACGACGACGGCGAGAAGGGCCUCGGCCCCACCAUCGCGACGCUGUCCAUCGGCGCGCCGGCGACGAUGAGCAUCCGCAUGAAGGAGAAGCAUCACUUCGGCGUGACCGAAAAGAAGGGCACGACCGAUACGAGGACUUAUGUCGAUAUCCCGCCCAUACAGGGGUGCAACAAGUUCGAGGAGCGGCUGUCGGCGCACGCGCAGCUGGAGCAGUUGAAGAGGGAGGGGGAUGCAGCCGCGUACAGGGAGCGGUUGAAGGCGCUGCCGGCUGAAUUGGAGUUGAAGAAAAAGGGGAAGGCGAAGGAGCUGCUUGAGAUGCAUCUGAGGCAUGGGGAUAUAGUCGUCAUGCACGGAGCGAAGAUGCAGCAGUACUACGAGCACAAGGUCGAGCCUGUCGGAAAGCUUCGCUUCGCUCUGACGUGCCGGUAUAUUCGCCCGGACUCGCUGGAGCCAAAGGAUCGGCCUGAGUACGAGGUCGGGCCGGAUAUGGGGGAGUAUGAUGGGGCCAGGCUUCCUGCUGUGUCUGUUUAG